AAAGGGCUGCACAAGCCAUCCUGUCAUUAUCACGGCAUAUUAUCUGAGAUCUGUGAUGACCUCGGUCCCAGGACGAGCCACGAACCUGUGGGAUACGAGAUGCAAAAAACAGCACGCACAGAUUCUGUGCUUAAUAUCGACACAAAUAUCAACCAAAAGGCCUAAGUAACUGCUGAUAAAACAGGGAAAAAUAUUCGGACGUGCGCUAGCUAUCACCAAACAAGCAUGGCACUUGUAAAAGAUGAAACGUGUAAUGCCAUGGAGCAAACAUCAAAGGCGAAACCAAGCGUUGGACCAGAAUUACUGCAAUUGUUUUGGGAUCUUGCUGAUAAUGACGAUAAAGGAAGAAUUGCGGCAUCUGUGGCAUUGUUGAGUAUUUUGAAAGCAAGCAAGAAAAAAGAUCAGAAGGAGUCAGAACUCAACUAUACAGUCCAAAGAUUGGUACGUGGAUUAUCAUCGAGCCGUAAGUUUGCACGACCAGGGUACACAUUAGCAUUGACACAGAUAUUGAGACAGUUCAAAGAGGUAACUGUAGCACAAAUUCUGAAGGAAGCAAAGGAGCAACUUAGAAUCACAAAACAAGAAACAAAAGCUGAACAAGGUCAUAUAUAUUUGGGACAAGUUCUGGGAUAUUUGGCUCUGAUUCAGGCUGACAGGUUGAAUGAGGCAUCAAAAGAGGAAGUUCAGGAAGUGACAAGUUCUUUGAAAAAGUUGAGUUCAGAAAAAAGUUACCUGCGACAGAUAUGCUACCAGGCACUAGCAGAGAUGGGAGAGAAAGUGCCUAAGAAGAGGUUUGCUAAGACUGUAUUUCCCAUCCUUCAGCAAGAGUUGGCAGCAGGCAUGGAGCAGUGUACAGCUGAUAGUCUGCUGCUUCUCCUGAAAUUAUCAAAGUCACAGCCAAAAGUGAUUAAUGAAGAUUUCUUGAAGGAGCACUGGAAGUUUGACAAAUUGAUCAACUCCAAAAACAUAAGUUUUCUUGCUGAUGUCAUGAUGCAAUCCACUCAGUGCCACCCAGUUAUCCAUUCUGUUUGUGUGGACAUAGUGAAGGAAAUGGCUGCUGACCAAGACUUAUUUAGUACUUUCUGGAAGGAAGCUAUAGAUGAUACAUUAUUAGAGCACCAUCAACCUGCAAAGAAAUAUUUAGCCUUCCAUUUGGUAAAGCAAGCUCUUCACACCAGCACAUCUGUAGAAAUGGUAAAGACCAUCAUGAGCCCAAGACUGAUCUCAUUAUUGUUGAAAACUCUGCCUGACAAGUCUAAAGUCGUAUGUGAGGCUUCGAAACAGCUGGCUAAUGACAUUGUUAACUGGGCAAUUGGUUGUCAAAAUGGAGAUCUUCAGCUGGCACUGCUGACAUCCCUUCUGUCUCCACCAGGUCUGCUAAGGUUUGAUGAUGUCACCAAGACUAAAACUGUGGCCACCAUCUCUCAACAUCUGACAGCAGAAGCAACUAAGAAGUAUGGAGAGUUACUCAUUGGUUUGGUGCAGGGAAAGAAAGAUGCCACAAGUCUAAUACAGAGCAAGGACAGAGAGUCCACUGUCAGUUGGGCUGCCAGUCAGUUGAGGUCAUUGGUCACUACAUUAGCCACGGCCAGCAACUUGGAUGUCCAGCUCAAUUUACUGCAGUUUCUAUUCCUGCAUGCUUUCUUUGAUGUCCAAAGGAAGGAGAAAAGUUUGCCACAUGCCCAGUCAGGGCCAUGCUCAGAAGUAUUGUCAGCACAGUCCCAUAGAGCAAUGCAGGACAACUUUUUUAAGGCUUUGAAUAACCUCAACACUUUCAAUCCAGAUAAAACAUCACAAAAGGAACCUAGAACUUUGGAGUACAUUGAAAUAUCAUACCAGCUUGUGCUAUAUGCCAAGAAAGUAUUGGCGAACUCUUCAUCUGUAGUACCUGUGAAACCUUUUAGUGAACAGGUCUUACUCUCCUGGCAAAAAAUGUCAGAAGAAGUUGAAAAGAUUCACAAGAAAACCCAGAAAUGCAGCAAACUGGGAGAGGAGCAUGCCUUUGAACUUCUGUUUGUACACCUAGGAUUACAGUUAUUGGUGGACGAAGAAGCUGUUAGUGAUGUUUUAAAGGAUCUUCAUAUUUGUUAUGAAAAGUCUUGCCAGAGAAGAAAGAAAGGAAAAGCUGCUGAUGGAGAACCAGAGUGGGUAGAAGUGAUCACAGAGAUCUUGCUGAGUUUGUUAUCACAGCCAUCUCAUCUGGUGCGGGUGGUGGUCUCCAGUGUGUUUAGAAUGUUGUGUCCACACAUGACUACAGACGCUUUACAGCUUAUCAUAGAUGUGUUGAAGUCCACAGGCAAACCAGAAGAGGAAGAAGAAGGCCCACUGGAUUUCAAAGAUUCAGAAGAAAGUGAAGAAUUUGGAAGCGGUACUGAAGCAUCUGAAACCCUUGAGCAAGUAGAGGAGGACGAGGAGGAGAGCAGCAGUGAGGAGGAGGAGGAGGAGGAAGAAGAGGAAGAAAUGGAGGAAGAUGUGGAUGAGAAUUUUAAGGCCACAGUCAAGGCAGCAUUAGGGGAUGCUGCAGCAGAAUCAGAUGAGGAGUCAGAUGGAGGUUUGAGUGACAGUGCCAUGUUUCGCUUGGAUGAAGCCCUGGCAGAAGCAUUCAGAAGUCGUGUCAAGGGUAAAGGAAAAAAGAUGCAAAAGGAGCAGCAGGAGCAGUUAUUACAUUUCAAGAUGAGGGUUCUUGAUCUUGUAGAAGUUCUUGUUCAUGCCCAUGCACCUGCAGGAAUGCUGUUGGAGGUGAUUAUCCCUUUGUUUGGGCUGAUCGAGUCUGGUUCAGUGCUGAAACCUCUCAGGUGUCUGGCAGAAAGGGCCACCCACCUGGUACACGUCAUUUUUAAGAUAAAAAAGCCUGCUGCUGACAAUAAUUUGCAAAAGGAGUCUUUGCCAGGGUUUGUGAGGGAUAUUAUUCAAUACUCUGCUAAAGCACCAAAUGUUCCACAUAAAGAUAUUGCCAGUGCCUGCAUAUUUGUGUUACGGGUGAUGCUGGGGUUGGAACAUUCUGACAAGCCCUCUCCCAUGAGAACCAGGUCCCACACAGCAGAUGUGAAAAACCAUGCUAAGGAAGAAGAAAAACAUCUUGAAGAGGUGGUGAAUGUCAUAAAAGAGGAGCUCUCAAGUCUCUUUGAGAAAAGGGAUAAUCGCUUGAACCAAAUGAUGUUCCACAGCUUGCUGGAAAGACAACCUAUUUUGCUGUGGCCAGUGGCUGAGCAUCUGCUGUCAUAUGCUGUUAAUGCAGAUAUAAGAGUAUUUUGUAGGACAAGAGCGUUGUCUUCUCUUGCUGCAAUGAUUAACAAAAAUGUGGUUCAGUCUAUAGGAGAGGACAAAUGGUCAUCUUUUUCACAGCAGUUGGUCUCCAAGUUGACAGAGUCUCUGGUGAAUGUAUCAGAAUUGAAACCUCGUUACAUUCAAGAAGCUGCCUUGGUGCUUGUGAAGUAUUUACAUAGUCAACCCACACAGCCUCUGCCAGACAGUUUGUUAACAAAGUUGGAGAGUCUGAAAAGCCAGCUGAGUAAAGACACACGAAAAGUAAUCCAGAGAGUCCUUGGAGCCAAAUCAGUGAACAGAAAAAGAAACAUGCAAGAUGAUACAGGAGGAGACAAAAGUCCUAAAAAGAAGCAGAAAAUUCAGGGAAAAAAUGGUGUUAAUGCAGUUGAAGAAACUAAUGGUACAUCGUCAGAACUCCAUGAAAACACAACAAAAGGCACAAAAAUUAAGAAGAAAAAACCUAAAACAAAAAAUUCAUAAAAGUCAUAAUGUUGAAUAAAUUUGAAAUAGUUUUUUGGAUAAUUGUAAUUCAACUGUGGAUGAAUGCAAAGAGGGGGUCUUAUGCUGGCCCCAGUUUCCUGGCUGAGACUUUUGUUACCAACAUUACAUGGACACAUCUCAUCUGAUCAGGAACAAUGUUACAGCACUUUCAUGGACACAUUCUAGUCAACUAAGGAUUAGAGAUUUUUUGUGAAACAGGGGGCCUGGUCUAAAGAAGAGUUUAAAACAAUAUCGAAAUGGCAGAAUAUUAUGAAAAGCUUUCUUUUUUUCUGUAACUUUAAAAAUUAGUAUUUUUAAGAUUUAUUGCUAACUUAUUAUUAUUAUCUUUGA